CAUCGAUCUCUCUUUCAUGUCUCUAUCUAUGUAACUCUCCUUCUCUCCCUCUCUGUUUAUCUGUUUCUCUUUUCCAACGCGCGCUCUGACGCCUACACCGUUAUUCGGUGAAGAUAAUUUUUUGGGGGUUGCACUCAAGUGUUCGUCGGCACAAGAGUGGUUUUAUUGUUGUUUUAUUUCAUAAGAAAGUUCCCCAGUAAAUGUCGGCGGUGAUUGCCUCGCAAUUGGAUUUCGGCGGCGGAGCUUUUACAUCCCAUCUCGAGCGCCGCGGGUAAGCGGGAAAAAGGCAGGUGCACGCGGACACGGUGGAAGCGCGGAGCGCAUUCGAUUCGGUAAUGCGGACACGAGGCUGCGUGGAGAUUGCGAGUACGUUAAAUAACCACGAAAAAGGAAGGAUGCACUUCAAAUGACGACGGUGCUUUGGAUUAAAAGCUUUGUCCUUCUCUGUCUAUGUUUCUAUAACCCGAGGUAGGAUGUGACACAUUGGGCACUGACUCGCUCUCACCCUUCAAGAAGACCCUGCUCUGCCUGGUCCGCCGUUCCCCCUGGUGCCCCCGGGUCCCCCCAUACCCAAGCACCUGGAGAACGCUAGACUGGACCUCUCCAGCUACCCACAAUCCCCAGCGGUGACCCCUCCCCAAUCAUCAUAUCGACAACCCAUGUGUCUGCAACAAUUUGAGGAACAUCAUUAUUAGUGCACGACGCAACAUCAAAUGAUCACUCCCAAGCUUUAAAACACUCACAAAGCACCUUUUCUAGCGAAACAUACUCCUUCUCCAGCCCCUUCCAUAUACCGUUCAGUCGGUACUACUUUCUCCAUCGCAACCAAACAUCAGCUGAACCCACCGUCGCCAUGGAUCAGUGGCCACUGCCCCCCAACCCCCUGAACUUCUCCCUCCCAGAGCCCCUCCUGUGGAACGACUCGGACCUGGACCUCCUGAACAUCUCGGACCGCCGGGACAGCCACCAGGACAAGACCAGCUCGGUGGUUAUCACCUUCAUCUACUUUGUGGUGUGCGCGGUGGGCCUGUGCGGCAACACGCUGGUCAUCUACGUGAUCCUGCGCUACGCCAAGAUGAAGACGGUGACCAACAUCUACAUCCUGAACCUGGCAGUGGCCGACGUGCUGUGCAUGAUGAGCCUGCCCUUCAUCUCCCUGCAGCUGGCCCUGGUGCACUGGCCCUUCGGAGAGGCGCUGUGCCGGGCCAUCAUGACCGUCGAUGCCCUAAAUCAGUUCACCAGCAUCUUCUGCCUCACAGUAAUGAGCAUCGACCGGUACCUCGCUGUGGUGCACCCCAUCAAGUCCACCAAAUGGCGGAAACCCCGCAUCGCCAAGCUCAUCAACCUCACCGUGUGGGGGGUGUCACUGCUUGUCAACCUGCCUACCAUGAUCUUCAGCGGCCUGGACAAGGUCCCCGUGUGUGGGAUCGUGUGGCCCGAGCCCCAGGAGGUGUAUUACAAGGCCUUCAUGUUCUACACCUUCUUCAUCGGUUUCUUCCUGCCUCUGAUCGUCAUUUGCAUGUGUUACGUGCUCAUCAUCGUCAAGGUGAAGUCAUCGGGCAUGCGGGUCAGCUCCAGCAAGCGUCGGCGCUCGGAGAGAAAAGUGACACGCAUGGUGUCCAUCGUGGUGGCCGUCUUCAUCCUCUGCUGGCUUCCCUUCUACGUCUUCAACGUGACCUCGGCCACCAGCGUGAUCAAGCCCACCUCUGCGCUGAAGAGCACCUUCGACUUUGUGGUGGUGCUGGGCUACGCCAACAGCUGUGCCAACCCCAUACUCUACGCCUUCCUGUCGGACAACUUCAAGAAGAGCUUUCAGAACGUCCUGUGUCUGAGGAAGGUGGGCGGCUUGGACGAGAUGGAUCGCAGCGACAGCCGCGCGGACCGCAGCAGGAUGGUGCACGACAUCCUGGUCAACAACGCAAACCUGGACACCCACAAUGCAGCACUGCUCAACGGGGAGCUGCAGACCGCCAUCUGAGGGGGGAGGAGGCGGAGGUGGAACGGGGGACGGGGCCGCGCGUUUGGUGGUCGCUAGUGGUUGUCGGUGAAGGAACAUUUGCCCCCCCCCGUCGGAUGUGGAAUACAAGUGGAAUAUGUAUUUGUUUUAUCGAAUAAUGUUGAAAUAAAAGAUAAUUAAAAUAUUCUGUGUAUUAUUCACAUGAAUAAUACCUUUUCUCAAGGGCUAGGAGGUUUCAGAACAGUGCAGUCCUCCAAUGUUGUCUACCUGUAAGGAGUCGCGGCCAGGAGGGUUAGGGUUAGGGUGAGGUGGCAGUGAGUUGAGCUGGGCUUGGAUCACCAUUGGCUAAGCUGAAAAAUCAACAGUCCAAAAAAACGUCAGUUUGACUGAAAAACAAUGUCUGACCAAACUGAUGUCAUGGUCUGCUGUAGUAGCGGAUCCCGUCGGUAAACGAUAGACAGCAACCAAAAAAGAAUGGUUUGAAUCCCAGUGUGUGGACUCAGAGGGUCUGUAUGGAUAGGAACCCAAAUAACCAUUGUUCUUGGCAGCAUGAUUUCAUCCUUAAAGGAAAGGACUAGGAGGUAUUAUUCACAUUUCUACAUGUAAAACUGUGAAGACGACAACUGUUGUGUUUUUUUGCUUCAUACUGAGAAGGUGGUUUCUCUACAGGGCAGCUGGCCAGACAUACUGGCUGCCAGCUAGACACUUCAAUUAGCAUAAAUGUCGUACAGUAAGGGAUUGAAUUUUAUAGCCCUUUUCUAGACACUUAAAGACGCUUUACAGUGAAGGGGGGGACCUCACUAACCACCACCAGUGUGUAGCACCCACUUGGGUGAUGCACGGAACGCAUCACCCAAGUGAUGCGUUCUGGCAAUUUGUGCCAGAACGCUGACCACACACCAGCUUGAGGUGGAGAGUGAGGGAAUUAAUGAGUCAGCCAAUGAUACAGGAGGAUGAUUAGGCGGCCAGAAUGAAUGAGCCUGGUUGGGCCAGGACAACGGGGAAACAUGGUAACAUGGUGUGUCCGAGUAUGAACUACAUUUGCACUGCUUUGAAGAUAAAAAAUUUGGAAGUGGCUUCAGUGAUUCAAACGUUGAUAAUCGAUACCCUUUGAAGCCAGGCUAAGGAAAAAGCCCCCAUGAGAUGACAGCUUAUUUAUUGAUAGGUGAAAGGUUCUUGUGUCCUUUCAAGGGGAGGAUCGCUAUUGAUCCACCAACUCUUUAAAACGGACAUCCUGGAUCCUGAAUAAUUGAUGCAGCUGACAGGCAGAGAGACAUGUGGACAUAUCCAGCACCCCAUCCCAUAUUGAUUUUUUCAGCAUGAAAAGACAACUUGUAUAUUGAAAACAGAUAUUUGGAAGUUUUACACAAAACAUAAAAUACUUUUAUGAUAAUUACAUCUAAAGUAAAGGAACUUUCUUCAGUAAAUGUGUGCAGUACAUUUUUAUAAGAUAUCUAGCCCAAGUCUUGAGUCUUGUUAGUGAUUCUUCCUUCAAUGUAUGUAAAACUUGUUAUUAUAAAGUGAUUGGUGUGGGCCGUUA